CUGUACAGUGAAUGUCUCCAGGAUCAGUUGGAGCUGGGUGCACAUGUCCACAUGACGCCAGGAAGUAAAGCAGACACCCGGCAGCAGCCUCCCGCAGCAUGGACAGCGAUGAUGAAAGUGUAGAAGAGUUCGUGGAAGGUCCGUUGGACGAAGAUGAUCAGCCCCAUGGGUUCUGCACAGUGACCUUUUCAUCCAGCGAUCGCUUUGAAGGACACUUCACCCACGGGGAGAAGAAUGGCAAGGGAAAGUUCUUCUUCUUUGAUGGAAGCUCUCUGGAGGGCUACUUUGUGGAUGAUGGUCUGCAGGGCAAGGGGGUGUACACACAUGAAGAUGGAGGGGUCCUCCAUGGGAUGUAUGUGGAUGGAGAUCUGAAUGGCCCCGCUCAGGAAUGCGAUGCAGAGGGCCGCCUGAUGUUCAAGGGCCAGUACAAAGACAACAACCGCUGCGGGGAAUGCUGGGUCUACUACCCUGAUGGAGGCUGUGUGUUUGGGAAGGUGAAUGAGGAGGGGGAGAUGACCGGGGACUCUGUGGGGUACAUCUACCCCGACGGACUCACGGCUCUCUAUGGAAGCUUCGUGGACGGGGAGAUAAUCCAGGCGCGCCUCGCCACACUCAUCUCCAGUGGGAGCGGAAGGCAACACUUUGAGAUCACCCCCGACAGUCCUGUGUACUCGUACGACAAGUCCACCUCCACCUGUAUCACCACCCACACUCUGCUCCCCGACCCCUAUGAGAGCCAAAUGGUGUUUGUGGCAGACUCUCUGAUCAAAGGAGCAGGACAGGGUUUGUUUGCCAAGGUGGACGCUGAGCUGGACACUGUGAUGUCUUUUUAUAACGGAGUACGCAUCACACACACAGAGGUGGACAGCAGGGACUGGGCUUUAAACGGGAACACCAUCUCUCUGGACGAGGACACGGUGGUCGACGUCCCGCAGCCUUUCAACCAGCUGGAGAGAUACUGCGCCUCUCUGGGCCACAAGGGAAACCACUCCUUCACCCCCAACUGCAAAUAUGACCCGUUUGUCCACCCUCGGUUUGGGCUCAUCAAGUGCAUCCGAACUUUGAGGGCCGUGCACAAAGGGGAGGAGCUACUGGUUGCUUAUGGUUACGAUCACGAGGAAAAGGGGGAUUCGGGCCCCGAGGCCCCUGAAUGGUACAGGCAGGAGUUGCAGGAGUUCCAGCGAUCAAAGGGAGCUCCUUCUAGCCUGUGAGGACACUCAUGACCUUCUCUAUACCUGAGCGGCCACCUUACAAAACUCCAUCUGUGCUGCAGCUGCACUCCAUGCUUCAUCUGGGAUCGUUGAAUACUGCCUGAGAUACUCCGUAUGAAUGGAUGUCAGCAACACAAGCACUAUGCAAGAAAUCUACGUAACAGACAUGACCCUGGCUCUUCAUCACACAUCACUGGAUAUUAAAAUGAAUGGGCUCAUGGUUGGUGCUUUUAAAUGUAGGAUUUGAUACAUACAAUUUAACCAUUUUACGCAGCUGCUGCAGUUUAUUUUAACAGUUGAUUUUACCACUGCAGUUUGUAUCUCCUCUGGUUAGCUCAAACCUCCUCUACACCAAUUCAGCUUGCUCCAUCCUGCCAUCCAUGUUAUACUGUACAGUAUGUAUUACAGUGGCUCAUUUACUCAGAACCUCUGAUUUCGGUAAAGUACUGUAAAUCCUGAGCUUUGUAGAGGUGAAGAAAACAGAAUUACCUAUGUUCAUACGCUCAAAAAUAAACAUCAACGCAAUCAAUGCACAAGCCUUUGAUUAUGAUGUAUUUGUGAUAUUGCUUCAAUGUGAAACUAUUUCGCAAACACUUGGUUCCGUUAUGCCCUCUAAAUAAAUGAGCAUUAAUGUUUUCAGGCAUUGUGAACACUGUGAACACACAUAUGCUGUUCCACCGAAAGUAUACGUCACAGCGAGUUAGGGAUCUUAACGUAAAGCUGUGAAAAAACCACUAGAGAUUCUCACACAUCUGGUAUUUGACCAAACACUGCAAUUAGACAUUGUGCGUCAUAAGGCAUUUUAAUGCCAACCUGUUUUAUUGUGUCUGAUCAAGGUAUGAAAAUGACCAAAAAUAUUCAUCAAACAGUGCUGCGUAAUUAAAUUGUGAUAGUAAAAACAAAUGAAGACUUUGUCUAUCACCUUUAGAAACAGUUUUGAAGUGAUUUAAAAUAACACUUUGAUAUUUGCACUUGUAUCUGCCCUUGCAUCAACGUCAUACUGUUCAUCUCAAUUUGUAUGCAUUUCAUAACAUGAAAGUGUUUUUUAAUUAGUGGUAGAACAUACUGAAUUAUGCUUUUUGUGCACUGAUGGGAGUAUAAGUAAAAAAGCUGUUUGUUUUAUUGAUUGUAAAAUGUUCAAUCUUUAUAUAAAAUAUGUGAAGGUA